AUGAAAUUCAAAGCAGUUUACUUUUGGCUUCUAGUGGUGCUAAAUCUUACCCUAACCCAUGCUUUUAUUUGUCCAAACAAUGGCCAACUCAUCCCGACUGAAGAUACUUGUGUCUACGUCCGCAAUGACCCCACUUCCUAUAUGGAUGUGAUCCGUCGAUGUGAUAACUCUAGCGGUGGACCAGCGAAAAUCCAGAAUGCCUUUGAGAAUUCGUUCAUCUUCACCCAGUUUUCAGCUUUGAUUGAUAGCCCGUACAUGUACAUUGGAGUGGAGAGGAAAAAUGCGACCACAUGGACGUAUGCAGAUGGAUCACCGCUUACCUAUCAAAAUUGGGGACAAGGGGAGCCGGACAAUUCGAAUCCCUACGCUGCCUGUGCUGUGAUGACUGUUGACGGGAAAUGGAGGGCCAACAACUGCACUGGACCGGCUCCAUACGCUUGCACGCUGAAUGGAGAUAAUUAUCAAUGUCCCGAUGGCUGGGUGUACAACCGCACCGCGACGAACCAAGGUUUUUGUUAUUAUGUUCAGAAAUUCCUCUAUCAAGAUCAAUACAAUUGGGUUCUGUACAAUUUCGCUGAAGCGGAAUCGAUUUGUCAGAUGAUGGGCGCACAUUUGGCAUCGAUCCACUCACCAGCCGAGGACGCCUUUCUCCAAAUGCUUCUCUACUCAAAUGUUCAAAAUAUGAAUGUAACAAGUCCAUGUGAUUUACAAUUUGCGUGGAUUGGACUCACCGGAACGGGAAUCCUCGGAAAUGGGACAUGGAUCGAUGGGACGCCGUUCGAUUAUACUGAAGUCACCGUUCCUUUCAUAGAUGUCGUCGAUUGGGCGGUAGCGAAUGAUCCGGGAUGCUUUGCUGGUUGGAUGCCGGCUUAUGAGUCGAAUCGAAAUGCCCGUUUAGUCUGCAAAAUGUCAGCAUAC